CGGGUGCGGGUGCGGGUGCGGGUGCGGGUGCGGGUGCGGGUGCGGGUGCGGAUACGGAGGCUGAGACGGGCAAUGCGCUUCGCACCAUCCCACCAGGCUUUCAGAGGGGCUUCAUGACAGCAGAUCAGCGCGCUCGCUUCUCCCAGGAAGCAGCCCAAGAGAGAGCAGAGCUUUUAGCAGCAGCGCAGCAGUCUGUGCACGCUUCCCGCAUCGAUGUGCCUCUACAGCAGCAGCAACAGCAGCAGCACCUGCAAAUCCUUACCAGCAACGUGCAGCCUUACACGCCCUACUAUCGAGUCGCCGCACCCGCACCCGCAGCAUCGAUCCCAUCCGACUCUAUGCCCUCGCAGACAACAAAGCAUGCGGAACAGCAACUCAUUCUCGACGAUUUGCUGCCUGCCGCACCCCCCACCACCGGCAUCGGCAUCGCAAGCAGAGCCCAUGGACGAGCAGGCAUGGACAUCAAACGAGAUUGGGCGCACGUCGUGGAUCCGUCCAAGGGCAUGCCAGACUUUCACAAGCUCGUGCCAGACAUGGCUCAAAAGUAUCCGUUCGAGCUGGACGCGUUCCAAAAGGAAGCCGUGUACCACCUCGAGCAGCGCGAUAGCGUCUUUGUCGCUGCUCACACAAGCGCAGGCAAGACGGUAGUGGCAGAGUACGCCGUGGCUCUGGCCAUGAAGCACAUGACCCGCUGCAUCUACACUUCACCCAUCAAGGCCCUGUCCAAUCAAAAGUAUCGCGAUUUCAAGCAGACGUUUGGAUCUCAAAAUGUCGGCAUCCUGACUGGCGAUGUGCAGAUCAAUCCAGAAGCUCCUUGCCUCAUCAUGACGACGGAAAUCCUCAGGAGCAUGCUGUACAGGGGCGCUGAUCUGAUUCGAGACGUCGAGUUCGUCGUCUUUGAUGAGGUGCACUACGUCAAUGAUCAGGAGCGAGGCGUGGUGUGGGAGGAGGUCAUCAUUCUCUGUCCUCAACACAUCAACCUCAUCCUCCUCUCCGCCACCGUCCCCAACACCAAAGAAUUCGCCGAUUGGGUAGGUCGAACGAAAAAGAAGGACAUUUACGUCAUCAGCACUCCAAAGAGGCCCGUACCGUUGGAGCACUUCUUGUACGCGGGCAGAGAGCUGCACAAGAUUGUGGAUGCGCGCGGACAAUUCUUGGGCAGCGGCAUCAAGGAAGCGUCGGAAGCGAUACGCAGGCGGCAAGACAAGGAGAGGGAAGCUGCUGGUCUGCCACCCGUGUCGCGCGGUCGUGGCGGUGGCGGCGGCGGCGGUGGUGGUGGUGGUGGCGCGCCAACGCGAGGCAGAGGAGCUCCGCAGCGUGGUCGCGCAUCUGGAGCGCCAGUCAUGAGGGGUCGAGGUGGAGCGGGCGCAGGCGCGGGCUCCAACAAGUCUCACGGUGCAGGAGACAAGAAUUUGUGGGUGCACCUCAUCGGCAUGCUCAAGAAGAAGGAUCUGCUUCCCGUCGUCGCUUUCGUCUUUUCGAAGCGGCGCUGCGAAGAGUAUGCUAGCAGCUUGCCGAAUACGGAUCUGUGCAAUGCAAAGGAAAAGAGCGAAGUGCAUGUGCUCAUCGAGAAGAGCUUGACCAGAUUGAAGGGUACGGACAAGCAGCUACCGCAGAUUGCGCGCAUGCGAGACCUGCUGAGCAGAGGUGUCGGUGUGCACCACGGAGGUCUGCUGCCCAUCGUCAAGGAGGUCGUCGAGCUGCUAUUUCAACGCGGACUGGUCAAGGUGUUGUUCGCUACAGAAACCUUUGCCAUGGGCGUCAACAUGCCCGCUCGAUGCGUCGUCUUUUCCGGCAUUCGCAAACACGAUGGGCACGAAUUUCGAGAAUUGUUGGCGGGAGAGUAUACGCAAAUGUCCGGUCGUGCUGGUCGACGUGGUCUAGACGCUACGGGUGUGGUGAUCAUCAAUGCCGCUGACGAUAUCCCAGAGACUGGAAUCCUCAACAAGAUGCUGCUGGGUCAGCCGACGAAACUGACAAGCCAAUUCAGACUGACGUACAAUAUGAUCUUGAAUCUUUUGCGCGUCGAGGCGCUCAAAGUGGAAGAGAUGAUCAAGCGGUCAUUUUCCGAGAACGCUAGCCAGCGACUGUUGCCGGAUCAACAGAAAAAAGUCAAGGCGGUCGAGAGGCAACUCGCGCGCAUACCGUCCGUCGCCCCCGAGAGGCACGAUGUUCUGAGCACAUUUUACGACCUCUGUCAGAACAGCGUGUCUUCGAACGAGGCCAUGCUGGAGGUUGCCCUGGCUCACCAACAGGGCAACAAGAUGCUGGCUCCUGGUAGGGUCAUAUUGCUCCGCGACGUGCAUUUUGACUGGGACGCUGCUGUCCUCGUCAAGACUCUCGGUCCGGCAUUAUUCUUGGUGCUCGCUGCAGUCGCGCCGGCUCGCAAGAAUGGCGACUUUGACGCGCCAGGCGAGCAUGGACCACCACCACGCUGGCCCCCUCGCUGCGCAGUCCCAUCGGAAAACGUCGUCUACGAUUUGCGCGAGGUGUCGCUGGGCUCCAUUGCGCUGGUCACGCCGCAUGCUCUCAAGAUCGAAGGAAGCAUGAUCCUCGCACAUAGGAUCUCUGCCAUGCAGCGCACUGUCGACAUGAUCGCGCCGCUUGCUGCCGAAAUGAGCAGGGAAGAAAGCGCGCCGGAAGUGGACUGGUCUCGCAUCCGCAGAUUGGAAUUCCAGGAAGCGCUUCGAUCGCGCGACGGCUAUGCAGCGAGACUGUCUCAGCAUCGUGCUGUGGUGGAGGAGGAGCACUUCGCAUCCGAGUAUGCCACGAUGCACACGCGCAAGACGCUGAUGGCGCGCAUCGCCAAGCUUCAGCAUUCCAUCUCUGAUCAGAACCUCGACCUGCUGCCUGACUACGAAGCUCGCAUAGGUGUGCUCAAAGCUCUGCGCUUCGUCGAUCCCGUCAGCGAAGCUGUGCUGCUCAAAGGUCGCGUGGCGUGCGAAAUCAACAGUGCAGACGAACUGCUCCUCACGGAACUCAUCCUCGAUGGCUUCUUUACCCUGCUCAAGCCCGAAGAAUGCGUAGCUCUACUGUCUGUCUUCGUCUUUCAAGAAAAGACCGACGUGGCAACCGAGCUGCCAGAGGCGCUUGCAGAGGCUUUUGCAAACAUUCUUCGCAUCUCGGAACGGGUCAGCGCGGUGCAGACGCAGCAUCAACUGAACAACAUCGACUACGAGACUGAUCUCAAGCUCGGGCUCGUCGAGGUCGUCUACGAGUGGGCAAAGGGCAUGCCUUUUUCCCAAAUCACCGACUUGACAGACGUAGCAGAGGGCACCAUUGUGCGUUGCAUCACGCGACUGGACGAGACGUGCAGAGAGGUCAGGGACGCGGCGCGCGUCAUUGGAGAUUUCGACUUGUUUGCAAAGAUGGAGGAAGCGCAAAACUUGAUUCGCAGAGACGUCAUCUUUGCUGGAAGCUUGUAUUUCUAGCGCCCACCUUGGUCCCCGGGAAGCGCGCAAUGUUGAAUGUUGGAUGCAGAGUAAGAGGAU